AUGGACAUCGUCUGGAAGAACGAUGAAAAGCCACGACGAGCGCAAGGGGAAGGGGGAAUCGCCUCAACGCCCUUUGCUAACGACGGCGACGGAGACACAGAAGCUUCAUAUCUGCCAAUGGCUACAACUACAGCGACAACCAGCAGCAAGCCGGUACGCUUCGUGCAGAACGGUGCAAAACGGAGGCGGAAGACGAGCAAGUUGCCAGCAGUCAUGAAUCAGUUUAUGACGACGGUUCGCGCCUGCCCUCAACCAGCCGAUGAGCAAAACGAGCGGCUCAACUCGUUUAUCCCCCCAGUCUAUCCUGCUUACGAAGAUACCACCGUUAUCAACGAACCGGACGAGUCAGCAGACAUCGUCAUCGACAGCCAUUGGCCCGAGGUGAUCCCCGACUUCCUCGAGGCCGUGCAAGGCACUCCCAGCUCAACUCAUUCUUCGCAAUAUGAUACGCCAUCGGAAGUAUUACUGCCAUUUGAUAGUGUCACCUCGCCUCAAAGUGAGUUUCAGUGGCAGGGCCCAGACACAGGGCAGAUCCUGCAGCUCUACAGUCAAGUGUCGCCACAGACGAUGGACAUAUUCCCGCUAUCACCAGGUCCUCUCUUCUCUAGUCCUACCCAGAAAGCCGCUGCGAUUCUCGACAUGUACGACCAGGAAUUUUGCAUCCUCCCACUGACCGGCGAUUGUGCGAGUAAUCCAUUUCGCAUCCGGCAGGACAGUUGCGAAGGCUCAGCAUUCCUCCUGCACGCCAUGCUCGCCAUCUCGUCGCAGCACCUGGCGAAGAAGAAUAAAUCCGUCGUGCUAGCGACCGAGAUGUGGAACCAUCAUGCUACGGCGCUACGGCUGUUCAGUCAAGCUUUGGACCAUGUCCCCGUGGCUACAUUACUGGAUACACUACUGCUUUUGGUGAAUUUCGAGGCCACACAGUCGGCUUCCAGCACGUGGGCAAUUCACAUUAGCGGCGCACAAAAACUUCUCGAAAGUAUGGGCGGCGUCAAAGUCUGCCAGAAGGGCUCCAGAGCUCGAGCGCAAGUUGCCAUGAUUGUUUGGUGGGACGUAACGGUCGCCAUGAUAUCGCGCAAACGGCCACUCCUCGAUCUCGGAUACCUGGAGAACCUGAUCCUCCACGGCGAAGAAGACAGCUGGACGUUCUUCACGCUGAACGGCUGCCCCGCACAGCUAGUCAUGUUCAUGGCGCGCCUAUCGAUCCUCGCCUCGACGUGUGAGAAAGUGCAGGCCUUGGCUGUGGAGUCCCCAUGGGUUACCUUCAACACUGUGCCUGUGGAGGCAAUAGUUGCCGAAGUCAUGCAGUGGACGAAUCCUGAAGGUGCAACAGCCGAAAGUAUCGCGUGGACGGAUGACGAUCCAGAAGAGAGGCUGAAUCGCUUCCACUGCAUCGAGGCCUGGCGUAAUGCGAUCCUCCUCUACGCUUAUCGAGUCUUCUACCGUCCUCAGACCAAUUCAGGUCUACGUUCUAUCACUCAUCUCGCGCGGGUGGUCCUUGACCACGUCCGCUGCAUUCCCGAGUCGGAUAUCGUGCAGAAACAGACCCUCCUGCCCGUUUUCCUCGCGGCAUCCGAGUCCGGCGAUGAGACGACACGGAAUUUUGUACGGAAUUUCUGCGGCCAUUGGACCGCUACGGCGAGGUACAGUAUGUUUGGCACGGUGGGAGCGCUGCUGGAAAGCAUCUGGGCUGAUUGGGACGCCGACUUGAGGAAGAUUUACUGGUGGGGAACAAAGGUCGGCAAUGGCGAUCGUGAGUCGCCUGGUGGACAGAGAGGUCUUGUCUCGGAAUUGCUUCUUGGCUGA